AUGAAGACCCCUCCCAUUUGAAAAGCUAUAAAAUGAGCGCUGAAACAGACAUUAUUUCAUUCACAUCCUGAUCAAAGAUGGAUCUGCAAAUCUCAGUUUUUCUUCUGUUCCUUCUUUUCACUGCAGGACACUCUUUCAGCUGUUAUGAGUGUAUGGGUCUGACGGGUUCUUGCUCAAAUCAAAGGGUAAAAACAUGUCCCAGUGGAUUUUCCAAGUGCAUGAGUUUAACAACUGUAGCACAAGCUGGUGGCAUCAGUGCUAAAGUGAAGGUUAAAGACUGUAUUGCUGACUGUCCAAGUGGAUCCAUCAACCUCGGCAUUGCAAAAACAUCUUUUGCGUGCUGUAACACAGACCAGUGUAACGUCCAAGACGCUCCAGAUCCUUCUAAUGUCCCCAACGGAAAGACGUGUUACUCUUGUGAUGAGAAGAGUUGCUCAAACAUGUUGAGCUGUACAGGGAAUGAAGACCGCUGCUUGAAAGCAACAGGGACUUUCGGUGGCCAGUCAAUGGUUGUAAAAGGCUGUGUCUCUAAAUCUAUCUGUGAUGCUGGAUCAUCGGUUCAGGAUGUUCAGGGUGUCUCAUGUUGUGAGGGGAACCUGUGUAACGGUGCUCAGAGCGUCACUCAGAGCUUCCUGUUCCUCUGCUGUUCUCUGCUCUCCUUCAUCCUGCUGCACUGAAUCCAGCAGCUCUUCACAUUCACAUCUACAAUCAGACACACUGCACUGAAUAUAGAGCUUGUAUAUUCUCUGUACUGUGCAUCUUUUGUGUCCUGGUAUGUUUUUUUUGCUGUGACAUUCUUCUGUAACAUUUUUUUAAAUAAAAUACUACAUUACCUUU